UGCCCCACAGAGGCGGCGGUGCUGAGCUACGACGGCAGCAUGUACCUGAAGGUGCUGGUGCCGGGCACGGCGCAGAGCGAGGCCGAGGACGUGGCCGUUCGCUUCAUGUCCCCCCGCGCCUACGGGCUGGUCCUGGCCACCACGUCCCGGCACUCGGCGGACACCCUGCGCCUGGAGCUGGAUGGAGCCCGCAUGAAGCUCACGGUGAACCUGGACUGCGUGCGCGUGGGCUGCAACCCCAGCAAGGGCCCCGAGACGCUCUUUGCGGGGCAGAAGCUGGAUGACAACGAGUGGCACUCGGUGCGGGUGCUGCGGCGCGGGCGCAGCCUCCAGCUCUCCGUCGACAACGUCACCGUUGAAGGUCAGAUGUCGGGCUCCCACGUCCGCCUCGAGUACCACAACAUCGAGACGGGCAUCGUGACGGAGCGGCGCUUCCUGGCCGUGGUGCCCUCCAACUUCCUGGGCCACCUCAGCGGGCUCCUCUUCAACGGGCAGCCCUACCUGGACCUCUGCAAGAACGGCGACAUCAGCUCCUGCGAGCUCAACGCCCGCUUCGGCCGCCGCACCAUCGUGGCCGACCCGGUGGCCUUCCGCGGGCGCGGGUCCUACGUGGCGCUGGCCACGCUCCAGGCCUACUCCUCCAUGCACCUCUUCUUCCAGUUCAAGACCACGGCGCCCGACGGCCUCAUCCUCUUCAACAGCGGCAACGGCAACGACUUCCUGGUGGUGGAGCUGGUGAAGGGGUACAUCCAUUACGUGUUCGACCUGGGGGACGGCCCCUCGCUCAUGAAGGGGAACUCGGAGGCGCCGCUGCACGACGGCCGCUGGCACGAGGUGGCCGUGGCCCGGGACGGAGGCGCCGUGCACGCGCUGCGCGUGGACGGGCGCCCGGUGACCCAGCACGGGCAGGCCGGGCGCAGCCUCGACCUCAAGGGGGAGCUCUACGUCGGGGGUGCGAGCCGGGCGCUGCUGGCCCGCCUGCCCAAGCUGGUGGCCUCGCGCGGGGGCUUCCAGGGCUGUUUGGCCUCCCUGGACCUCAACGGGCGCCUGCCCGAUCUCCUCGGGGACGCGCUGCAGCGUGUGGGGCACGUCCAGAGAGGCUGCGACGGCCCCAGCACCACGUGCACGGAGGAGUCCUGCUCGCACCACGGGGUCUGCCUGCAGCAAUGGGACGGCUUCACCUGCGACUGCUCCAUGACCGCGCACGGCGGCCCCGGCUGCACCGAGCGUGAGUGCCCAGGGCGCUGUGGGGCCCUAUGGGGCCCUCCUCUGAGCCCAUGCGUUGUGGGGGGGCCGGCGGCGGCGCUGCUGGCGCUGGGGGCGCUGCUGGCGGCGCCCACGGGCGCGGCGCGGGUGAGCUCCAGCCUCUCGAGCACCCACCACGUGCACCACUUCCACAGCCGGCACCGCAGCGUCCCCAUCGCCAUCAACCCGCGCCCCGGUGCUCACCCGCGGACACCACG